GCAACAACUGAGGUAUCACCAUAACGACUAGUUAGGAAAGAAUGAAUGUCGCUCAGUUGUCGUCGUCUUGGGUGGACGUAAAACUAGAACUGAGAGCAUCAUGCCCAACGCAGACUCGGAGGGAACAGAGAGGGACGAGAAUGGUAGUGAUAAAAAUGAGGGAUAGAGGCAAGAACAGGAAGCCGUUGCAGAGAGGGAGAAAUCUCAGCAUCGAAGCAAUUCAGGCCGUGCAAGCCUUGAAGCGAGCCCACCAACACCAUAAUUCCUCGGAUUUAGACCAAGUUUUUUAUUCUAAGUUCAGACGUUUGUUGAAGUUCGAUAUGAUUGCUGUGCUACGUGAACUCCUCAGGCAGAACCAGUGUCUCGUCGCUCUUAAGGUUUUUGAAGAUAGGAGGAGGGAGUACUGGUACAAACCGCAGGUUUUGUUGUAUGCAGAAAUGAUUCAGGUAUUGAGUGAGAAUGGAUUGUUUGAACAAGUUGAGAUUAUUUACAUGUUCUUGAAAAGAGAAAAUCAUUUAGAGCCUGAUAUUGAGGGGUUUAAUGCUGUGUUGAAAAGUUUAGUAAGUUUUAAGCUCAUUGGGCUGGUGAUGGAUUGUUAUAACUUGAUGAAAGCGAUUGAUUGUGAACCAGAUAGGUCAUCUUUUAGAAUACUGAUAAAUGGUUUAGAAGUAAUAGGAGAGUCAGGUUCUUUAGGUAUUAUAAGGCAGGAUGCCCUGAAGUACUAUGGCAAUCUCGAGUUUUUGGAGGAGGAAGAAGAGAUUACAGCAAGUCAGAAAUGAUCUCUCUGUAGUGGUGCACAUUUUGGAUAAGCAUAAGCAAAAUUGAGGCCGUUUCUGGAGGCAGCCUAAUUCAUAGGAAGGAAAACUAUAAGCAGCAGAGAAUGCAAGGUUAUCCUUACAUACCUUUACUUUGCAAUUCCAAUAAUUACACAUUUCAUCAAUAGUUAUGCUUCAUAGUCAAUUUUGUCGUAAAGAGAAAAUGGGACCUUAUAUUUUUUCAACUUUCUUCUAAGACUUUUUCAUCUUUCUUGACC